GCUUCUGCCACACAUUGCCUGCCCGGCCCAUCGCCGCCAAGGCCCCGCACCGCUGUCGCACGCCACCACAAAGCCGGCUGCCUCUCCGCAAUGGCCAGCGCGCGCCGCACCGCCAACUUCCCCACGCGCACCGCCGGCAGCCAUGACCGCCCGGGCAGCAGGGGAGACGCCGACCGCGAGCAGAUAUGGAAGCCCAUGCUCGACAACAUCUCGAGCGGCAAGCGGCUGCCCGAGAAGAGCCUGCUCGUGCUGGGCGGAACUCCAGAGACGCAGCGCGACUUUCUCGAAUCCGUCUCGACAGACUCUGCAAACAACCGCCGCCCGCCCGACCGCGGCCGCCGCCCGCCCAUUGCCAACCAGUUCGCCCUGGGCUACACGUACCAGGACGUCCUCGACACGGAUCACGAGGACACGCUCGCCCGCCUGUCGCUCUAUCUGCUGGCGAACCCCUCGCCCUCCUUCACGCCCCUCAUCCGCCCCUACCUGAACCCUCGCACACUCCCCCACAUGCUGAUUGUCAUACUGCUCGACUGGAACCACCCGUGGCUAUGGAUACGGCAGCUCCGCGACUGGAUACGCGUCCUGCGAUCGCUGAUUGUCUCGCUCGACGACGCCUCCAAGGUCGUCCUGGAAGAGAACAUCCAGACGCUCCAGGACAAAGGCCGCACCCUGGCCGCCGAGGGAAGCAGCCUGGAGAAUGUCAAGGUUCCGCUCGGCCCCGGCGAGUGGGACGAGCCGCUCGGGAUCCCGCUGUGCGUUGUGUGCCAGAACGCCGACAAGAUCGAGACGCUUGAAAAAGAGCGGGGGUGGAAAGAGGAGGAGUUUGACUUUAUCCUCCAGUACAUGCGGACUAUCCUCCUCAAGCACGGAUCGAGCCUGGUCUACACGAUGCCCACCGCGCCGGGCUCAUUACAAACACUGAUCCACUCGACUCUGGGAAUCAAGUCGCUGCUGAAGCAGGAGCAGCUGAGGCACAACGUGACAGACCGAGAUCGAGUGCUGGUCCCUCCCAAUUGGGACUCGUGGGCAAAGAUCCGCAUCUUACGCGAGGGGUUCGAUGUUGAGGGCAUCAGCGAAAAAUGGAGCGUCGACAUUGAUAUUCCCCAGCACAUGCGCCCAACCAAUGGCCAAGCACCGGCACCUGCCGAAGGAGAAGAGCAGACAGAAGGCGAGCCCACGCCAGCGCCAGUCGUCGAAGAAGAGAACCAAGGCCCCACCGCGACUUCAAUCUACGAGGAGACGAUCCGCAACCCAGAGUCCGACUACGCUCUAUCGAGCCUAUCAAAACAAACCAAUGGCCUCGAGGUCUCGAGCAAAGACCCACAGGCAUUCCUUGCUGAGCAGGUCAAUGUGCUGGAGAAUCUCCGCCGAGAAGAUGAGAACGAGGCUGCCCUCAAAGCUGCACGCAAAGACCAAGAGCCCGCGUCUCGGGCAUGGACCGACGAUGCAUCAGGAGUGGUUGAGGAACAUAUUGGUCCUGUUCAGUUCAACAUGGGUGGUAUUCAAGUCAACGCUGAUGAGAUGGUCAAGCGACUGCAGGACCGCCAGGCCAACCGAUCGGAUGACCCCGAAACACCACCACCCAAAACACAGGACGCCAACAUCAAUGACAACGAGAAGCUCCGGUCCUUCUUCUCAAGUCUUGUAAACAAGGCCCCCUCCAACAGCCCACGAAGCUCAUGAGCCUGUGGCCAAGGACCCGUGCUCCCGUGCCUGAUUGCAUUUGCCAUGCACGCUUGAUCUUCCUCAUGUAGUUCUGUUUCACUGGCGUCUUGGGCAGCAUCGUCAACAGUGACAGAGGCUUUUUCUAUGGUCCACGAUCGUCAUCAGCAUGGCUCUAUACC